CCCGCGCUGGCGGUUGGGCGGUGUGGAGUUGAGCCACUUCCUCCCCCUCAGUGUACUCGUACAAGGCAAGAAAUUCGCUUGCCAUGUCCGCGGCGGAGGUGGGGGGUGUUUUCCACAGAGCCCGGGGCAGGACCCUGGACGCGUUUUCCGCAGAGAAGGAAAGGGAAUGGAAAGGCCCAUUCUACUUCAUCCAGGGUGCAGACCCGCAGUUCGGACUGAUGAAGGCCUGGUCCACUGGGGACUGUGACAACGGUGGAGAUGAGUGGGAACAAGAGAUUCGUCUAACUGAGCAAGCUGUUCAGACCAUCAACAAGCUGAACCCCAAACCCAGAUUCUUUGUUCUGUGCGGGGACCUUAUUCAUGCCAUGCCAGGGGCGCCCUGGCGGAAGGAGCAGACGGAGGACCUGCAGCGGGUGCUCAGGAACAUGGACAGCGAGAUCCCACUGGUCCUGGUCAGCGGCAACCAUGACGUGGGCAACGCCCCCACCCCCGAGACCAUCGCAGAGUUCCAGCAGACUUGGGGAGACGACUAUUUCAGCUUCUGGGUCGGGGGCGUCCUGUUCCUUGUCCUCAACUCCCAGUUCCUUUUCAAUGCCUCCAGGUGCCCUGCCUUGAAGCAGGCCCAGGACCAGUGGCUGGACCAGCAGCUGAGCACCGCCAGGCAGCAGAAGUGCCAGCAUGCCAUUGUCUUCCAGCACAUCCCGCUGUUCCUCCAAAGCAUCGACGAGGACGAUGACUACUUCAACAUCACCAAGACCGUUCGGAAGGAGAUGGCAGACAAGUUCACCAAAGCAGGUGUCAAAGCUGUGUUCUCAGGCCACUACCACAGGAACGCUGGGGGCACGUACCAGAACCUUGAUAUGGUGGUGUCAUCUGCCAUUGGGUGCCAGUUAGGCAAAGAUACCCAUGGGCUCCGAGUCGUGGUGGUCACUGCUGAGAAAAUCAUUCAUCGGUACUACAGCUUAGAUGAGCUGAGUGAGAAAGGAAUAGAAGACGACCUUAUGGAUUUAAUGAAGAAAAAAUGAUUGCCAUUUAUGAUCCAUUCACUUUUCACUUCCACUAUUUUUUAAUUUUGCCAGAAGGAGCAGCUGCACAUCACCACUUAUUGAAUAUGAAGUAUAUCAAGCAGAUUUGCGAAUUUAUGUCCUUUUGCAUAAAUCUGAGAGCUGGGUCCUAUCCUAAAUUCUAUUUGCAAUAGAAAUGCUCUCCCUUUAAAAAAAGAGAAGGAGAUGGGGGUUGGAGCUUUGGGAUGGAAGAAUAAAUGAUACUGGAAUAUCACUGCAUGAGUGUUUGAAUAAACUCUCCU